AUGAGAGAAAGAGAAAAAGGAUGUGACGAUGAGAUGGAUCCGACAUUGAAUGCCUUUCCGUUGAGGGUCUCGAUGUUCUGUCUCGUCUACCUGACGGUAGCCGCCUUCCAUCGAUUUUGGGGUGUUCCAACAACUGAAAACGAACAACGAUCGAGGAAAAGUGGGGAGAGAGCUUCGUCAGUGAAACGCAUCGGCUACUUUUGGUCAACGCAAAUGGUGUUCCCAACGACCAUUUCCCCUGCACACACAAAACCAAGUUCUGCCUCGGGCCAUCCUCUGAACAUUGAGAGGCAGUCGGUCGGAACGAUGCUGAUGAUCGUGACCGUCUUCUCGAUGCCUUCGAACCCAAUCAACAGAAACGAUGCCUACUGCGCCCCUGGCAUUUGGGUGGUCGGGACCACUGCCGCUGUGGGGGUUUUCUGCAGGAUUCUCCAUCCCAAAAACGAGGUCCUCAAGUUUUUGCGGGAUUCUCCAUCCCAAAAACGAGUGUCAAACGAACUGCGAAUGACACUGGCUUCUUCUUCGAGUUCGCGGGGGAGUUUGGCGAAUCGCAACGAACUUCGCCCUGUUCGCGGCGGGCACGGCGGACUUCGACCGGAUAAUAUCGGGUUGUGCUCGAUAUGGGGCUCUCGCACCCUUGCUGUGCUGCUUCGCCGCACCUUGAUGAAAUGGACGGGAACAUCGAGUUUCUUCGGUGGUGCUCGACGCCAGGCCCUUGCCCACCAAAAAAAGCGUCGUACAAAGCAGUGGGAGAAGUCUCGACUAUCUUUAGGCCAUAAUCUGGAUGAAGCUCGCGCGUGCAGCCGUGAGACGGGUCUACAACUAGUGUGCGCAUAUGCGCCUCGUCCACCACGAUUGCGGCAUAUUCGACAGAAGCGGGUCUUCCUGUGCCUCAUUUAUGAGGACUUGCUCUGUCGCAAAGCAGAGCAUGGUGACAUCCGCCUACAUGCGAUCUACGGUGUAUCCCUGAUCGGUGUGGAUAGCGACGUCUCGCGAUCGAUACUUGAAUUCGCACCAACGCCAAUUGACAAGCUUCGUGAAUCGCAAAGGGGAGAACCAGCCAACGACGUGAUCAACCCACGCCGACCGCUCGUGGUUGUCUGCGGUUACCUGCGUUCGUGGCAUAAGCUUCUCCCAAGCUUGCCACAGGCUCCCUCGAAUCAUCUUGUAGAACAAGCGUUCAGGCUCACUGGCAUCUGCAGGAACACCGGGUGGCUGAAAAGCAGGUCGUCCCACACGUCCCAAUCCUCCUUGCCGCCAAGAAGCUCCACCAGAAUUCUUUUGCAGGGGGGAAGACAAGGAUCCCACCAGGAAGAGCUUGCGGGGCUUGUGGUGCUGCCGUGUUAUCUUCAUACCGAACUGCUUUCAAGACAUUUGCAAGUACCCGGCCAUAAUAGGAUCUUCAGAUCAAGGUGUUCGGUGAUGAACAGCCUUAGUGUAGCUUCCGCGCCGGAAGGAGCGGGGGAGGCACCCAAGCACGGCGAACCAUUCUCCACCAUAGUUUCGUCGAUGGCCGCCCUUUCCGGCAACGGGCUCAACGCGAUGCUUCCAAAAUAUUGUACUGCGUCCCGGCUCACUAUGGGGUCUGUGACACGAAGUCCGUCGGCGCCAGAAGAGAAGGGGGUGAGGUCCGGUAACCGCUCAGUUGCCAGCGAAGAUCUCGUCUCUUCUGAGAUGUGGAGAGCUCAUCACGUGAUUCGGAAUAAAAUCAACUGUAUAGUCUCCAUAAACAGUUGCGUGCGACUCGUUCGUAACUUGCCUGCACCAAUGGAACGAUUGGAACGUCGGAUUUCGGAGCAACAGGCUGAGGAAGCGCAGGUCGACGCCCAGCACUUUGUGAGGUAG